CUCACCUCCAGCCAGCCGGAGCACCCUCCUCCUCUUCCUCUUGGAUCCCACAGCCCGCCUGCUCUCAUCCACUUUCUCUCUCUCUCUCUCUUUCUCUUUAUACCUCUCACUCUCUCUGCUUUCUCUUGUCUUUUAUCGCUCUCUCUGUCUCUUUCUGUCUUUCUGUCCUUCACUUCUCUUCAGCCGCCAGAAGCUCGCAAGCUCGUCGCUCUUCCUUCAACUACUGAGGAUUCAGAAGCACUCGGGACGAAGACCCUGUCACUGGAGCUGAGAUGGCAAUGAGCAGCAUUCUCAACGCUGAUGACAUCAAGAAAUCUCUAGAUGCAUUUGCAGUUGCUGGCUCCUUUGACCAUAAGAAGUUUUUCGAGAUGGUCGGUCUGAAGGCCAAGUCUUUUGACGAAGUGAAGAAGGUCUUCUUGGUGCUGGACGCCGACAACAGCGGCUUCAUAGAGGAGGAAGAGCUCAAAUUCGUCCUGCAGGGUUUCGCCAAAGAUGGCCGGGACCUGACAGACAAGGAAACCAAAGAAUUUUUAAGAGCAGCCGACAAGGAUGGUGACGGCAAGAUUGGAGUGGAUGAGUUCACUGCCAUGGUGAAAGAAUAAAUAGUCACCCAGUGUGACUGACUAGCACUCCGAGAUCACCUCCCAGCCACCGCUACAUCCCGACACCCGCUGGCUCCCCCUUCCUCCCCUGCACCCGGGCCUCACCACCCCAGCCUGACUCCCAGCCAACAAGGCUGCAGCCGACUGCUGCUACAUACACUCCUCUUCCUCCG